AUGUCUCCUGCUUUCUCAACUCUAUCGCCCGAGUUGCUGGUCUGCAUCUUACAGUGGCUUUCCUCCCCUAAAGACCUUUGUUCGGCCCUCGGAGCGACGUCCCAAUUCUACAGAAUCUUUACAACAUAUAGGCGGUCCAUAUUAUCGGCAGUCUUACUGCGCGCCAUCCCGCCCCAGGUCGAUGCGGACUUUCUCCUGGCAUACCGUGCUCAGCGGAUUUGGGAUUUUGCUCUCGAGCGGCAACAUGACAACCAUCUUACGAGGAUUCCUCGUCGCGAUUACGGAAAGAAGCUCGAAACCCUGAGCCAAGAAACCACUGCUAUUCUAAAGGCCGCCGAGUCAGGGAAGAGUGAAGAGCUGCAUAAUUUCGUUUCAGACAGCGAAUCUCUGACCAAGUUAUGGGGAUUCUACCAAAAAUUCGAAGACCUCAUAACAUUAUACGCCAAAAAGGCACUGUCAAACUUGCAGCAAACUUCUGGUGCUUCAAAUGAUACACCGGAAAGUUUACGGCUUUCUUCUGAUGAGAAAGUUCGCCUUCAAAGGGCUUUCUUCCGGUGGGAGGUCUACACAUGUCUCUUCCAAAUUUCACAAGUGACGCACCAUGAUGAUCGCCAUCCAGCACCUUCAGACGACCCAGCGCCAGUAUAUGCAACAAUAUUUCAACCAUGGGAAAUUGAAGAGAUCUGCUGCAUCUGUCAGUUCUCCAGAACCCUCAUCGAAGAGGUUUGUGACGAGCUCGAAGAAGACUUUGUCACGACAGUAAAAGCCAAGGAAGCCGCGUAUCACCCCCCCAGCGAACCAGAUGUUAUAGAACGCGACCUGAGCAGUAAUUUGGAUUACUAUUGCCUCUGGUGGUAUGACGAAUCUUUCAAACGGUGCGACCGUGCAAAGCAUGUCGCCUAUCUAGUCGCUCGGGGAAUGCUAUCCAUGUGGAAACUCAAACACGCACCGUUUCAAACAGUGAGACGCAUGAUCGUAAGGUCGCAGUUCGAGCACAAGGACCGGAUAUCUAUCAUUCAAGGAUUGGAAGAACUGUGCUAUGAAGAAUAUGAAAUAGACGAGAGCUCGGAGGACUGCAAUCUUGGUUGGCAGUGGGCAGUGACGGUGACGGAGGGAUGGGGACCCUAUGCUCCCGCCAAUUACGCGCUGCGGAAUCAAGGUUAUGUGUUCUGGGAUCAAGCACGCCUGGAGAGAGAAAAACAAUUUCAAUCGCCCCGUUGCCCAAUUAAGAGUUUAUAUGAGUUUCCGCCUGGGUAUCAAGCACAUGAAAGACUCCCUGGCGUUGAGACCAAGCUCAAAGACCUCCAGGUCCGCUCAGAGGUUAUUAAGGAGAUAGCUGAUGAGGUAGGUGGCAUAGAUGAUGGCACUGAUGUGAUAGAUUGGCGAAAUUAG